AUGAAAGAACCUGUUAAUUUUUAUUCUGUUAGCGAUGAUCAACCAAUUCAUUUUCGCAUAUGUUUGUUGAUUGAAAUGUCAACAUAUGAUAAAAGUCUAAAAAUGCAAAUACCAAUAUCGGAUAGGAAUGCAACUAUCGGACAUCUGCUUCGCUCAUCAGAAAUGAAACAUUAUUCAUAUAAAUAUUUAGCCUCAAAUCAAACACAACAAGUGAUAUCUGAAAAUCAAAAACUUUUAGAUUUGAAUGAAACCAAAUUUAUUCUUGUCACAGAAGAUGAAACAUGUUUUGUAUCAAUUGAAACAUUAAAUAAAUCACUAUCUACGCAAGUAGUUACGAUAAAUAUGGUAGAUCAACACUUUACAAUUUAUGCAACACUUGCUGCUGUCUACAAACAAAACAAUAUUGAUCAGGAACAGCAAAAUCUUCUAUAUUCGAAUGAUUUUGUUCCAUCGAUAAAAACUCAACUAAAAUCUUUCCGAGGAAAUUCACCUGUUCGAUUUACACUGAUUAAAGACAAUUUACCAAUCAUUGUGCGAGUGUCUAUAAUUUUGAAUGAUGAAGAAUGUUCAACAGAGUUUCAUUGUGGAUCUGAAAUCAAAAUUGAACGUCUAUGUCAAAUUGCAUGUCAACUUCUGAAUGUAAAGAAUGAAUUUUAUCAAUUGAUGAUAGAUGAUUCCAGGUUGGACGAUAAUGAAAUGUUACUGAAUGGUAUCAUUUCAGAUUUAAACGAUAUUCAAUUACAUUUGAUUUGCACAGCUGCUAUGGAAAGUUUUAUAAAGUACGAAGAUCAGACAAUCAUAUUGCCAUGCAAUAAAGAAACACUUAUUUCAACAAUAUAUGAUGAAGCUUGUGCAAAAUUUUGUAUUACAAAGGAAGAUACUCAAAUCUACGAAUUAUAUGCAUUGGAUGUUGAUCAAACACAAGUUGAAUUGGAUAUGACCAUCGAUCAAAUAUCUAGCUUGUUUAGUGAAAAACUAAUAACGUUACCAUUCUUAAUAAAGAAGAAAAAAAUAAUGAAGAAACAGUCAAAAUAA